AUGCAUAUUACCAGUGAAGUGAGUUCCACCACCACCUCUACGAAUCAAAGUAAAAAAGGUUCUAGCAACCGCAAUUCUAACACUGAAACCAAUAACAAUAAUUCAAAUGCCACAAAUAAUAAUAACAGCAAAGAUAAUGCCGCCAAUAAGAAACCCGUGGAUACAAGUCCUUAUUUGACACCAGAAAAUUUAAUUGAAAGAACUGUUGAUGUUCUGCUGGCCGAACAUCCGGGAGAACUUGUUAAGACUGGAUCACCGCAUAUUGUCUGCACCACUUUGCCCACACAUUGGCGUUCUAACAAAACGCUGCCAAUUGCCUUUAAAGUCUUAGCACUGGGAGAGGUGAUGGAUGGUACAAUUGUGACAAUACGUGCCGGUAACGAUGAAAACUUUUGUGGUGAAUUGCGUAACUGUACGGCCGUGAUGAAAAAUCAAGUGGCCAAAUUUAAUGAUUUACGUUUUGUGGGUCGUAGUGGGAGAGGUAAAAGCUUUUCUCUAAGCAUAAUACUUUCAACAAAUCCCAUACAAAUUGCCACUUAUAAUAAAGCCAUUAAGGUGACGGUGGAUGGACCGCGUGAGCCACGUUCUAAAAUACGACAUCCUGGUUUUCAUCCGUUUGCCUUUGGGCCUCAACGUUUUGGUCCUGAUCCUCUUAUGGGCGGUUUACCGUUUAAAUUACCUGGUUUUGCUCAUCAUUUAAUGGGCGUGCAUACACAUUUACAUGGCCACGACUGGCGAACAUUGGGUGGUGGUCAUGCGGCUGCACUAGGACGGCCAGGAUUUGCACAUGGAGCACCUUUCUUUCAUCAUCAACCAACUGCCUUUCCUGCCCAUAUGGGCUCAUUAGAGAGACCAGGUUUAGGCAGAUUAGGAGAUACUCACCAUUUAAAUCAAUUAAGCCAGUUAACGGUACAUGGUACACCACACAGCACCACUAGUCCGGAGGGAUCACCUACCACAACAACUGCUGGUUUACCGCAAGCAUCUCUAACCACCUCCCCGCCUUUGACCACAACCACUAGUGAAAAUGAUAAUAAUAUUGAUGCUGGUUUUGAGAGUGAUAGUAUAUCGGUGACUGGAUCACCCAGAAAAACUUCUUCCCUACAUGAGGAUGAUGAUCAACGUAGUACCUCACCACCGGCCUCGAAUACGGGCAGUGGCGGAGCAUUUACCUCGUUGAUACAACGCAGCCCGGCCUUAAGAAAAAAUGAAUUAUUUCCGGGUUUGGCUUCCAAUUUUACACCCACUCACAGUUUUAAUCCCGCACUGGCAGCUCAAUUAUUCUUACAAAAUCCUCUGCUACCACAACCUAGUCAAUGGUUGUAUACCCAGUUGUAUGGUAAUUAUCAGGAGUUUCCCUGGUUUAGAAAUAGCACAGCCCCACAGGCGGGUCAACCAGCGGGACUAACGCCUACUUUAGAAUCUAGUACAACUUCAGCAUCUCUACUACCUUCUGCACUGGCAACUGACUCCAGUCAGGGUGUGAAUUUAAUUAAAAGAUGCGUCACCUUAAUCUCACAUUCAACAGCUGAUGCCGAUAAUUCAAAAUUAACUUCCUCCAGCACCCCGCCACCGGUAACAUCAACACGUAGAUCACCUUCGCCUGUGGAAACCAUUGAUUUGGAUGAUGUUAGUACAACCUCUAGAUCAGCGAGUAGCAGUUAUGGACCCAUUCGCAGCCGUACUCCUAAACCUUCUGAUGUUUGGCGACCCUACUAGCAACUGCGCAAAGCCAUUGGCCA